UUCCAUCCUCCUCCGCGUGCGUGCGUUUUCCAGCCUAGCCACUACCCAUUAGUGCGCCCGAUUGCGCGUCCCGCACCGUCACCCGCCACCAUUCCACACCGCUUCUCCUUCCCCUUCCCCCCCUCGUCGCCGCCUCCCCUCCUCCUUCUCCCGUAGCAGUAGCAGCACUACUACUUUUCUUCGGAUCCACCGAGAUCACUGCAGACCGGGAGGCCCCGUCGCCGGGAGCGAUUUGGUCACGUGUCCGCCCCUUGAUUCCUUCUUGGCGGCGGCUGUCCCGCCGGUCUUCCUCCCUCCCUCCUCCUUCCCCCGCGCCUAGUCCGCUCCGCGUCCCCUGCUCCGCCAGUCAGCGCGCGUUCUGCUCCCCAAUCGCCCCGGACCGGGAGGAAAGGGAAGAUCGAAAUACUCGUGGAGCUGACAGUUCUUGGAGCGGAGGAAAGAUCCGAAGCAAUCAGGAGCGCGCUUCUUCUGGUGACAGUUCUCGGAGGAGCAGUUCUUGGGACUCGCUCGUGUUCCCGUGAAGUUGCUUCAGGCAUGGGGAAUCGCCGGAGGAGAGGCCCGGCGGCGUGCCUCCUUCUCUGCUUCCUGAUGACGGGCUUCGAGCUGUGCGCGUCUCUGAAUCACGAAGGUCUUGCUCUCCUGAGGUUCAGAGAGAUGGUGGAGGCCGAUCCAUCUGGUGCUCUGGCGGAUUGGGAUGAAGGGCACGCUAGCCCCUGUUCUUGGUUUGGCGUGCAGUGCUCGGAUGAUGGGCGGGUCGUAGGCCUGAACUUGUCAAAUCUUGGUCUGAAGGGCAUGUUAUCUCCUGAGAUUGGACAGCUUACUAAUAUGCAUUCUCUUGUACUGCACAAGAACUUGUUCUAUGGUGUCAUCCCUACAGAGAUGGGAGAUUUACGGGAGCUGAAGGUGUUGGAUCUGGGGUACAAUAACUUGAACGGAUCAAUUCCAUCAGAGCUAAUGAACAUUUUAUCCCUGGAGUUUAUCUUUCUUAAAGGAAACAGACUUUAUGGUGAUUUACCUCUUAAACUAAAUGAGUUCAUCAGUCUGUGUGAGUCUCAGGUUCAGCAAGACAGGGCUUUGUCAAAUAGGAUGCCCACUGCAAGGAGUAAGGACAGUGCUACAACCAGAAAACUUCUAGCAGUCAAACAAAAAUAUUCUCCAAAUAACGAGCUGCUUGGUUCUGAAAAUUCUGUAUUACAACCAUCAGAUGUGAGCCCUUUCUUUUCACUCCAAGAACUCCGCAAGGAUCCAACACCACCGCCGGCGAAACCAAGUAUUCCACCGGCAAGACCUGAUUCUGAACAUGUUCCUUCCCAUGCCCCUACUGUAUCUCCCAACAAAGACCGAACCAGAAGCCAAGAGAGCAAGAGCAACAGCAGGAACAGCAGUUUUGUGACAAGAUAUGCAUUAAUAGGAGCAGCUAUUUGUUUUGUGGUGCUAUCCUUGUCAGCUGCAAUAUUAAUUUGCUACCGCCGUGGAAAAACUAGCAGUGUUGUACCCUUAUCUUCAAGUAGGCAAUUACAGACCACUAUCAUGGGAGGCAUAGCUUCAUUCAGACGGUCAGAACUCGAAACAGCCUGUGAAGAUUUCAGCAAUGUAAUUGGUACACUACCUGGAUGUACAUUGUAUAAGGGAACUCUUCCAUGUGGAGCAGAAAUAGCUGUUGUAUCUACACUGAUAAAACAUGCGUACGGUUGGUCUGCUAUAGCUGAAGCACAAUUCAAGAAUAAGGUUGAAAUGUUGUCGCGGGUGAACCAUAAGAAUUUCUUGAAACUUGUGGGAUACUGUGAAGAUGAAGAACCAUUUACCCGGAUGAUGGUGUUUGAGUAUGUCUCAAAUGGAUCACUAUUUGAGCGCUUGCAUGUUAAUGAGGCGGAGCACUUGAAUUGGCAGUCGCGCCUGCGGAUGGCGAUGGGGGCAAUAUACUGCCUGAACCACAUGUACCAGCAGUAUCCUCCUGUGAUCCUAAGAAACCUGAACUCAUCAUGCAUAUACCUGACCGAAGAUAACGCUGCUAAGAUUUCAGACAUCAGUUUCGGCGAUGACAGGAAAGAAAGCGAGGAUGAAUUCGAUGAGCCUGACGAGUGCAGCAUAGUGUAUAAGUUUGCCUUGCUUCUGCUUGAGACGAUCUCUGGAAGGCGUCCAUUUUCCAAUGACACCGGCCUCUUGAUUCUAUGGGCGCACCGGUACCUCACCGGCGAAAAGCCCUUGACGGGUAUGGUCGACCCGACGCUGAGAUCAGUCCCUGAGGAGCAGGUCGCAGCGCUGACAGAGCUAAUAAAACUGUGCAUAAGUGAUGACCCCUGGCGGAGGCCGGCGGUGGCGGAGGUAACCAGAAGGAUGCAAGAGAUCACUGGGUUUUCUCAAGAUCAGUCGACCCCAAGGAACAGCGCUUUGUGGUGGGCUGAACUUGAAAUCUUCACGGUAUAGAGAAUUACUAGUCCAUUGUGGAAUUGCCUUGAAGCCAUUCUGCAGUCCAUUUGAUAGAAGUAACAGAGAAAAUUGUACAGUUUGGUUUUCUUAUUACUCUUUAGGCAGGGCAUACAGUUGUACAGAUAUGCCUGCACUGCUCACACUAUUCUUUCGUUCUUUGUUAGAUCUUUUUUUUCUUUCUUAAAUUUGACUAAUGAAAUCCUGCAAAGCUUGUAAGGUGCAAAUAUGUGCCAAACGUUUGUAAAUAAAGUUUGAAAUGUGAAAUGACUUGUUUCAA